GGACAUAGCCUGAGACUCGGGUUGUCAGCUUUUUUUUUUUUUUGCUAUGGUUGAUAUUGAUUGUGUUGAGUUGAAAAAUUUUGUGUUUGGGAAAGUUUUGUGGCAAUGGACUAGGUGUGCCAUUCGAUCCGUCUUGAAAGUUAGGAAUGCCAUUUAUGAUUUUUUCCCUAGGAAACCAGAUGGGUCACUUGAUAACCAUAGUUAUAAGUGUUAUGGUUUCCCUAUUGCUUUCCUUAUAUGGAUUUAUGAGAGCAUUCCUUCUUGUUCUCAAUCUUUAUGUCAGAGGGUUGAUUCCUUGUUUCCAAGAAUUUUGAAUUUCACAAGCAAGGGAAGUGUGUUGUACCAGUAUUUGCUUGAUAAAGUGCUUUUGGAGGAAGAGAUAUUCGUGAGGACCUUAUUGCCAUUGAAUCAAAAUUGGUUGAAGUGCAAGAUCCCCAGAAGUGUAUAAUGCUUGAAAUUUCUGAUUUGAAGAAAUCUUUCGCAACUGAGUUUGCAAGUGUCAUAGCUUUGUUGGGUGAUAUUAAGGCAUCUAUGCCUGCUACUAAUGAUAAUGGGGGUGUAGAGUGUGAAGAUCAUGUGCAUGCUAAUACUUCUUCUGAGGAUUAUUUUGAUGACUGUUUUUCUGGAGGGUACCAAGAUGUUUAUAUUGGUGAAGAGAUGGGGGCUGACUUCGAGCAUUUUGUUCAGAUUGCUUCACAAUUUAUUACUCCUGCUAAUGUAAGAGCAAGGAAAAUGGGUCGAACAACUAUGAGUUGGAGGGCAUGGAGCGGUGUGUACAUGUUUGGCCUACUUGGCCACCACAGCUGGGGUUGUUUAAAGGAACACGUGGUAAAUGUUCGCUUUUGUUGCCUAGGUCAACUGUACCAUAUCUUUGGAUUGUAAAAGUAUU